AUGGCGAGCGGGCGCUCUUUCCGCGAACCAAGGGAAGGGGCUCAGGCCGGCGAUCGCCGUCCGAUCACCGACAAACGCCACAGACAAGGCGAAAGAGAGGGUAAAAGACGGCCUAAGACGGUCGAAGAGAAAAAAUCGGUUAUUCCGACCGUGGUCGGUGGUGAUUUUUUGGUGGCAACGCCUUUCCUGGUAAAUUCUUUACCAGUUCCCGAAAUCAAUGAUGAAAUUGGUGGUACCAAUUUAUUUUCAUCGGAAAUCGAUGAUAUCAAUAUCGAGGACCAGAAAGCAGCACUACUAGAGUUGUUAAAGAAAGAAGCAGCAAAAGCUCUUCGGGUCCGAGAAAAUUCUAAACGACUAAAAAUCGAAAAUUCGCAAUCUUUACAAGAUGCAACCGGCCCAAUGUACAAUUUUGAACCAAACGAAAGGAACCAAAAAUCUAUCAAAAAAAUUCUAGAAAGUUUAGUAUCUCCUGUAGAGCUCGUCAAACCUAAGUCUCUAGUCAAACUUAGUCAUUUAUGCCUUGUAGUUAAUAUGUAUAAGUGGUCGGUGGUGAUUUUUCUGGUGGCGACGCCUUUUCUGGUAAAUUCUUUACCAGUUCCCGAAAUCAAUGAUGAAAUUGGUGGUACCAAUUUAUUUUCAUCGGAAAUCGAUGAUAUCAAUAUCGAGGACCAGAAAGCAGCACUACUAGAGUUGUUAAAGAAAGAAGCAGCAAAAGCUCUUCGGGUCCGAGAAAAUUCUAAACGACUAAAAAUCGAAAAUUCGCAAUCUUUACAAGAUGCAACCGGCCCAAUGUACAAUUUUGAACCAAACGAAAGGAACCAAAAAUCUAUCAAAAAAAUUCUAGAAAGUUUAGCAGAAUUGACUGAAAAUAUUCGAAGGAGCAAGAGGCAGUUGGAUCCUGUCAACCCUGAGGCUAAUGAAAUUUCGACAAUACCAGCAAUUUCGACUAAAAACGACACAGUCGUCGAAUCCAGACAGGAAGAAAUUCAGGAGGAGGAUUUUGAUGAUGAUGAUGAUACAGGGGCUGGAAAUGGACUUAUUGGUUUAAUUGGAAGUCUUAGUGGAGGGGGAAAUGGAAUGUCAGAUGCAAAUGCACUUUUUGCAGCCCUUGCUGGAAUUUUAACAAAUCUUUUGGGGGAAAAUGGUAUAGAUGUUAAUAUGGCCAUUGGUUCAGCCACACAAUUAUUAGGAGGACUUUUAAUGAGACCGAACGAAAAUUUAGGUGCAACUUUUGCCAAAUAUAUAACAACUGGUGUUGAUGGAUUUUCUGGAGGCGGUGCUAAAAAUAAUGGUCAGUUCUUCGGUACAUUCCUUGGUAGAUUAUUUGCCCAGCUGAGUGCGGGUGGAACCCGUGACGACCCUUCAGCAGGGCCCCCGGAUUCCGGAACAUUUUUCAAGAGCCUAAUUUCCUCCUUUUUAGGGGCGUCCUCCGGUGGAGGGGCAGCCCCUAAUUCCAAUAUUGGGAAAAUUCAGGCUCCUGCACCUGCGCGUCUACGCCGACCGUGGUAG